ACCAUUACCAAAAAUAUCAAAAGGGUCAUUUAAAAAAGAGACGACAUAUUUUGUUGAUCGAUCCCAAGAAAAGAUUAGGGGGUGACCUGAGUGCUUCUUCAACACAACACACACAAAAUGGCCGGAGUUUUCAAAACGGUUACGUUUUUGGUUUUGGUUUUUGCUGCCGUUGUUGUAUUCGCGGAGGACUACGACGUUGGUGAUGAUACCGAGUGGACGAGACCUAUGGACCUUGAGUUCUAUUCUAAGUGGGCGGCCGGUAAAACUUUCCAUGUAGGCGACGAGCUCGAAUUUGAUUUCGCUCCUGGGAGGCACGAUGUGGCAGUUGUCACACAAGAUGCAUUUGACAACUGCGACAAAGCGAAACCACUCAGCGUCAUGAGCGUUCCUCCGGUCAGAAUCUUCCUAAACACCACUGGACCACAACACUUCAUCUGCACCAUCGGUGACCAUUGCCGCUUUGGUCAAAAGCUAUCUAUCAAUGUAGUUGCUCCUGGUGCUACAGGAGGUGCUGCUCCAGGUGCUCGCGGAGGUGCUUCCCCGGCACCAGCUGGGUCAACCCCAAGUGCUGGAGGAGCCACGACUCCCCCCACUGCUGGCGGGACCACAACACCUUCGGGCACUAGCGGAACCACCACUACUACCCCAGCUGGAAAUGCGGCUUCUUCGUUAGGAGGUGCUACUUUCUUGGUCGCUUUUGCUUCAGCUGUUGUUGCUGCUCUCUUUUGAGUUCACACUCGAGACUUUUUAGUUUAAUCAUGAUAUGUGUUUGUUUUAUACCUUACUCGAUCGAUCGAUCUCCUUAUUUUUAUAUAUAGUCAUGUAUUUUAUUCUUUGUGAGAGAAUAAGGACUUGUUUUUUCAAGUCAUUAUAGACGUCUUAUACUUGUGAUCAUUAGUACUAUGAGUUUUCGAUAUGUGAUUAUUAAUCGUGUUGCCCAAAAAAAAUAAGAUGGUUUUACACAUCA